CCACCACCACCUCUCCCACAAUCCCCACCACCACCUCUCCUACAAUCCCCACCACCACCUCUCCCACCACCAUCUCUCCCACCACCUCUCCCACCACCACCUCGACCACAACCCCUCCUCUGGUCUGUAUCAACAGUGGUAAGCUGCAGAGUCGAGUUUGUAUCAGUCCUGAUGAGUGGACAGGAGAGACCUGUUCAGAUGGGAAUUUCUGCAAUUCCACCAGCAAGGAUGGAUUCUCCUUCCGAAGAACAACGGUUGGCUGGUCUGCUUAUUCAAAUGAGUUAUGUAAUAAGACAACCAGUGCCGGUUUACCAAGAGCAUCAGCAAGAUGUUUGAAUGACACUGGAUCUCCAAUGUUUGGUUCUCCUCACAAGCUGCAGUGUGAAUUGCUCCUCAGGGACAUUCAAGGAAAUAUCUCCAGCAGUCCAGGUGAUUUACUAAAGUUAGCCGUCAGUACUCAGAUCCUGACCUCCCAACCAGAGCAGCUGUCAGCUGACAACAUCACCACAGCAGCUCAGAUAGCUAACACACUGCUUCAGUCUGCAAAUAUCACAGAGGACAUCGCAGUGGCAGCUGUAACUACCAUCAGUCAGCUGCUGAAUGCCAGUGAGGAGAGUACACAGGAGAGAGACGCUGUCCAGAGCCUCACAGAGACCCUGGAGAAGUUUUCCAUGGACCAGCACAAUAAUGUGUCCUUGAUUGUUCAGCCCAAACUGGCAGUCCAGUCUGUCCAAGUACCAAGUGACUCAGUAGGGAUCCAGUUUACUGCUCUAACUGGAAUUUCUGGUAAUUUUGUGGCCAACAGAAUUCAUCUCAACACCAACACCUCUGAACUGAUAGCUGACAACGGAGGUUCUACCGAUAUCCAGAUUGUUAUCAAAUUCCCACCAGUUUCGCAUAGUAACAACACAAACCACUCCAUUGGUUUUGUGCUCUACCAAAACGACCGGUUCUUCAGGUCCAGGGCUUUCAGAGCUUCUUCAGGGACCAGCAGAAGGGUCAUCUCUGCUAACCUGGGACAAGUGUCUGGGUUACAUGUUGAGAUGCUCUUCAAGCCCACAGCUGUUCCCAACGCCUCCCUCUAUGACUUUGCCUGCGUGUCAUGGAACUACACGUUGAAAGACUGGAGCACCUAUGGCUGCUCCAAAGUCAACCACUCAGAAGACGGCCUGCGAUGUUUCUGUAAUCACACCACUAACUUCGCUGUGCUGAUGUCGUACAGGAAGGAUUUUAAAUACGCUGAAGCGCUAAACUGGAUCACCAUAUUGGGAUGCUCCAUGUCCAUCAUAGGGUUGAGUUUAACAAUAACAUUCCAGAUCGUGACCAGGAAAUCACGCAAAACCAACCCAACAGUCCUCUUAGUGAGUGUCUGCGUGUGUCUCCUGAUCUUCACCCUCCUCUUCAUGUUGGGAGUGGACAACCCUCAUAAACAGCUGGACAGACCUGAAAUACAGAAGGACAACAUUCUCCCCCCGUCCGACACACACACAGAGCGGGACAGAGGGCCCUGUACUGUAGUGGCGGUCCUGCUGCAGUACUUCCUGUUGGGGACGUUCACCUGGAACACGCUGUACGCCACACAUGUCUUCCUGGUGAUCAGAAACAGCCUGGCCACCAGCCCGUCAGACUUCACAGCCUAUACCGUGGCCAUCGGAUGGGGACUGCCUGCGGUUGUGGUGGCUCUCACCUUAGGAAUUAGUUACAGAGUGGAUGAUCCACUGGGUUACAGGCAGGAGGAAUUUUGCUGGCUUGCUGCCCUCGAUCCAAAGGGAAACUUUGACUUCAAGCUGCCAAUGUUUUGGGGGUUUCUGAUCCCUGUGGCGUUCAUGCUUAUCUUCAACACAGUGGUGUUGGUAUAUUUUGCAGUUACAACAUGCAAGACCAACCCACAUUUAACCAGUACAAGACACACAUCGAUGAAGAAGAAGUUCCUCAGUAGCUUCUCUCUGGCUGUGGUGCUCGGUCUCUCCUGGAUCCUGGGCUAUCUGUUGCUCAUUACACAGAACGAGACCAUGUACACCAUACUCAACAUCUCCUUCUGUGUACUCACCACCACUCAGGGCUUCCAGAUUUUCAUUCUGUUCACAGCAAGAACAGCAAUUUUCAAGAAAAAUAUGUUAAGUGUUUUGAAAUCUGUCUCUAGCGCUGGGAUCCCUCUUCACACCAAGAAGUUCAGUCUAUGGCGAGGAAAGCACAGUGAUCAAGUAGAAUCAUACACACAGCUGGACACUGAUCUGUCAUUUCCACCUUGGUCCUCACAGACAUCUAACUGAUGGACUGCAAGUUCAACCUGUGUUGAAAAAUAUCUCAUAUACCUCCACUAUUAUCCUAUAAUAUAUAAUAUAUAAUAUAUAAUACACACAACAUUUUGUGUCAACGUAUAUUUACUGUGAAUUCCCUCAGAAGUUGUGUUGUCCAAUGACAUUUGUUCUUUAUAAAAUGUUACUGUUUUAAAUAAAUCUACGAUUAUUCUC